GAAUCAAACAGAUGGGAAUCAGAAAGAAGAUCUUAGAUGGAGUCCAUGAGGUGCAUAAGAAAGACUGGGAGCAGGGCAGUCUACCAACAGUACAGUACAGUAGGCAGCUAAGUUGUACAGAGGCAGUGGCUGUACUGGCAAACCUCAGCAAGCAUGCAGAUUACAUAGGAUGUACAGUGGCUUACAUAAAGGAGCAAAUCAAAGAAGAUCCCAAAUUAUUACAAGCAGGGCAGCAAGGCUAUGGCCACCAGGAUAUGUGCAAACAUACAGAUAAAGCCAUUAGAAAUACACAACAACUGUACACAGAACUUAAUUUACUCAGGGAAAGUUUAGCAAAGGUAACUGAGAAAGAAUACCAGGCUCCUGAUCUUAUUACAACUCCAAACAGGAAAAGGAAAACAAAACGGCUCAGAAGACUGGCAGUUGGGACAUUAAUAGUGGGCUCUCUUCUUGGUAUAUGCUUCUGGAAACGAGACUCUGUUUUAGACUGGAUCAGCAAUGCACGGGAUCAGCUGUGGACACAAUAAUAUAGUAUCACCAAGUUUAUUGUGUGACUUGGGAACACAAUACUUUUCACAUUACCUUGAUAUUAAUACAUGACUACAGGGCACUCCAAGAGUGUAGACCUUUGCCAAGGAAAAAAAAGGCAAUAAAAUGCUUUAAAUAUACUAGUAGACACAGAUUUAGUUGAAAUUGAUCACUUUUUUCUCUCCUGAAUAACUUUUACAUCCUGGAAAUUUCAUAGUUGGAAGGAUUUCAGAUUGGAUUAUACUGGUGGUGCUUGUACUGUAAAACAUUUUCAUAUGGAUUAUUUCAAUUCUUUCAGAAAAAAAUGUGAUGUUUAUGGUUUGCUUAUUUAAUUAUAUUUUGCAAAGGGAUGCUGCACUGUUAUUACUGUGAUUAGUUGAAGAAGGAUUUAUGAUGCUUGUAUUGUUGAUGGAUUUCAUAUGAAUGCACAAAAAGAUGUUUAUGUCAUGGGUUUAAAUGUAAUGCAUUUAAUUUAAGUAAAAUUGAGGGAGAGAAAGGUAAGGAGGGAUAUUCACACGCAUGCAUGCGCAUAAAGAAAGUUCAGAAUAUUCUGCAGUCUGACAGGUUGGCAUCGAGGCAAGGUAGGUCCUUAUGAUCUCAUAGUCUUAAAAUACGUUAUUAUCCAUUUUAAUAUAAGUAUAAUGUUUUCUUUACAAUAUUCUGAACUCGAUAAAAAGAACAUGCAAAGCUCUACAUACCCUGUGACGAAUAUAAACAAACAAAAAUAAUUUUAAAACUUUGAGACCAUGCCAAGCACUUAGUAUAAUGAUAACAUAAUAUCUACAGUGUGAACCUAAAGAAGACCCAUUUAAUGUUGAGAAUGUAUUUGUCAGUUGUCAUAAUCAUCUAUACCGUAUUACGAAAUCAAUGGGAAUAAGUACGUAAAGCUUCAAUUAUAAAUAGUUGUCAGUUCCCAGCAUGACAAAUGAAUAAAGUGUUUUUAAAGUUGGCAUAGGGAUACAACUCGCAGCCGCCCAAGCAUGCCCUUAAAAUUUAUAACAUUGGUGUAAAUGAAGCUAUAUAAUAGCCACAUAGAAUCUCUGACUUAAUUCAUCUUCGCGUUCGUUCAUCUUGAAUACACGUGCUUGGUUAUUUGAAGAAUUUCACUUGACGCUAAAUUAUUAUACGGUCUAAACACGAGAUGCUUUGCUUGAAAGCAAUGUUGAUCGUUUUAUGUUUACCAAGAGGUACCCUGUAUGUAUGAACACUGAAAUGCCAUGGGGGAAAAAGGAAUGAUAUCAGUUAAUGUAUAGUUUUCAUGGGACAUUAAUUUUUAAGGUUUCACGCACAUUUUGGCUACAGUUAGUGUUUACGUCACGUAGCAAGAGACUUCCUUCUUUAUUUUCAUUUAUU